AUGAUUUUUUAAGAAGCUUAUCCUUUUUUUUUAAUCUAUUUAGGAACUAACAUUGGAAAUCAAUAAUAAGGUUUAAGUGAUAUGAUAUAAAUUACUGAGGAAAGAAAAGCUUAAAUUUUGAUAAUUUUAAAUAAUAUGAAUCAAAAAAAAGACUUUCGAAGUUUUUAUAAUAAAAUAAUGAUAGUCUUAAAAUAUAGACUGAAUUGA